AUUUAGGAACUCCCGAAGUGCGCUUCUCCCUUUUCGUCCACCUGCUCCCCGCCCCCCAAUCGUGCUACUAUACCAAUACUGCUGCUGCUGUAUCUUACGCCGGUUAUUCUUAUACGUGCAAGCUUGUCCGGCCCAGUGAGCCUCACUUGACAGAUGACGGCCAUCGCACCGCCAGCGUAUCUUCACCUGCCCAUCCACCCACUCUAGACCCGAUUUCUUCCACCCGCAUGUUUUCUCGCAACGGCCGAGCAAGCCAGAAAGGCACAAUGUGGGAAGAAUCCACCCGGGGACGGGAGGGGCUGUCGGACGAGUCCCCCCGGUCCAAGGAGCAAGACCGGUACGGCGAAGGCGGCGGCGAUGACAGGACGUCGGCCGCGGCCGCGGCGAGGAGGAGCGCGGACAAGAUCAGAUGCCUCGACGGCCUCCGCGGAGUUGCUUGCCUUCUCGUCUUCAACUACCACUUCCUGUGGCCGUGGACGCCUGCCAUUAUGCUUGGCUACGGGGCCAUGCCCCCCGGGUCCCCCGAGCCCUACUUCGAGCGGUCAUCCUUGCCCAUCCUGUGUCUUCUGCAGCGCGGACGCCCAAUGGUGGCCAUCUUCUUUGCUAUUUCGGGCUAUGUCCUUUGCCGCCACAUUCUGAGGGCCAUCCACGAGCGACGGCUCGAGGCCGCGUACCAGGGUCUCGCGUCGUCCGUCUUCCGACGCGUGUUCCGCCUGUACAUCCCCCCCACCAUCAGCAUGUUCCUGGUAGCCGUGCUCGCCCAGAUGGGCGCCUUCCGCUCCGAGGAUGACAUCUACAAGGGCCCCGACUCGAGAUACAUCAACGGCACUGUGACGGUGGCUCAUCUCAACAGCACCUGUGCCAAUGGGACGCACGCAGUCGAGGGAGCUCCUGGCAUCGCGAGGUACUUGGGGCUGACGACCCCGGUGUUUUUGGGCAAUGUCACAAACAACGAGACCAGCACGCUCUGUGUGAACGCCACGUCCCAGCUCUUCAUGCCCCCGAUGUUGUAUCGGCUGGCCGACGACAUCGCGGCAAAGGCCAAGGCGGCGAACGAAGCCAAAGGACUGAACGGGACCGUGAUCAACAUCACCAUGACGGACGCGCCCACGACCUCCUACCACGACCUCCUCCACCUGAGCGCCAAGCCCGUGACCCUAGACGCUAGUAAAACCCCGCCCAACGUCACUGGCCCGCCGCAGUUCUCUUGGGUCCAGCUCGGCGGCUCGUGGGAAGAGCACCCAUUCAUCCACGACAACAUCACCUAUGCCCUCUCAAACUUCACGAGGGCUUACGUCGAGUGGGCCAACCCCUUCAACUUCGGCCACUACCACACCCGCUACGACCCCCACACCUUCACGAUCCCGAUGGAGCUUCGCGGCUCCAUGUUCAUCUAUCUCUUCCUCAUGGGCACCGCGGCCCUGAAGGCCAAGUGGCGCUUCCGCCUCGGAAGCCUUCUCUCCGCGUACAGCCUGGUCCUUGGACGCAGGAACGGCCGCCAAGCCGGCCCCGGACAACCGGCGCCGAGCUCCAGCGGCGCCCGCUGGGCCGUCCUCUUCGUCGCCCUCUACCUCCUCUCGUACCCCGACGCCGGCGCCGAGUGGACGCCGGGUUUCGCGUUCCUGUCGUCCCUCGUGCCGAGAUACUACAUCCCGCUGUCGGGCUGGAUGUUCUACCAGGCGAUGGGGGCCCUCCUGCUGCUCCCUUGCGUCCUGCACAGCCCCCUCCUCCGCCGCCUCCUCGAGGCGCGUGUCGCGCAGUACCUCGGCAAAAUCAGCUUCUCCUUCUACCUCGUCCACGGCCCGGUGCUGCACAGCCUGGGCUUCUGGAUCAUGCCGAGGCUCUUCGAGCGGCUCGGCCGGAACGCGGGGCUCGUGGUCGGCUGGGUCAUCCUGCUGGGCGUUUCGUUGUAUCUGUCGGACUGGUGGUGCAGGAAGAUCGAUGUCUGGAGUGCGACUGUCGGGAGGAAGGUAGAGAAAAUGAUGAAGGACUGAGCUAAUAUAUAUAUAUAGCCAGGCUGCUUGAUGACUGUUUUUAAAUUAGAGUUUGUUCAAGGGAAAUGAAAAUGACCAAGUAA